GGCUUCCCUUAAAGGCUGAUAGUGCAGGAGAGCUGAGGAUUUCCCCUUCCAGGACCAUGGACACGUCUUACCCUCGUGAGGACUUUCUGCCCAUGACGUCUCGCAAGCAGGAUCCUUCUUCCACUGCCAUCACCAUCGGCCCCUCUGUAGUGCCCCGGGACCACCUGAUCUGGUCCAUCUUCAACACCAUCUACAUGAACCUCUGUUGUUUUGGCCUUGUGGCUCUUGCCUACUCCGUCAAGGCGCGGGACCGGAAGGUGACUGGUGACGUCGAGACUGCUCGCUACUUCAGCUCCAGAGCCAAAUGCUGCAACAUCCUGGCGACAGUCUGGAGCCUGCUGCUGCCGCUGCUGCUCCUCGCCCUGGCGAUCACAGGCGUGAUCCAUCUCUCCAAGCUCGCUCAGGAGUCCAUGGACUUCUUCAACUACAAGAUCUUUGCUUAUGAAGACGACAGGAAGUGACCCAGGGGCUCCUGGAAACACACCCAGGCCUCUCCGGCAGCUUCCUAAAACGAAUCGAGUAUAAUCCAGCAAACCAAAGCACUGCACAUUGCAGCCUCUGUUGUUGUAACCCAGAGCAACCAAUGCCUCACGCUCACCAGAGCACCACUGAGGUAUUCAUGGGCCCUGGAACUCAUUUCACAGUUGGGGUGAAAAUAGUUCCUACUGCAGGGUGGUAGGUUGCAUGGACUCCCGCCCAAGCUUGUUCCAAAACAGCUGAGUCUGUGCACUGUGGUUCCUCUCCUCCUUUUAUCCUCCUUUAGUCUUUGCUUCUCCUGGGCUCUUGACCCGCGCUACGGACUUCCCUGGGAACCCUCCUCUUUUGUUACUGUGUCUCAUGCCGGCUGCACCCUCAGUCUAUCCUUGGUUGUUACUAUUUAAGUGAUUAAAUAACUUCACAACUCACAAGUCUCUU